GCAGAGCAGAUUCCUUCAUUGAGUUCUGGACUGUUAUUUCGGUCGGUCGGGUCGAUACUUGAUACGGAACGGGUAUCCGCGAACAUAAUUUUUGAAGAAAAGUUUUCUUGGUCACGUCGAUAAAGAUAUGGCUCCGGGAAUGGAUGAUUGUGCAGUGGCAGCAGAAGUUGUUUUUCUCAGUGGCCAUUAGCGAUUUGCCUGUGCAUAGGGUUUCGAUUUCCGCAGUCGCAAAUUUUGCAGUGUUUUCGGUUGAACUUCCACCCGCAGAAGCAGGUCGUGGAAGUUUUCAAAGUGCGUGUUCCGAGGAGAAAAAAAAAGCUGGGGUGGAGCGCCCAGUCCGGCAGUGGCAAGAGUGGAACAACUAAUGCAGCAGAAAUAAAAUUAAUGGAAGAUCAAAAGUGAUUGUGCGAGUGUUUGACAGUUGAUCCAGGUUGAUCAUCGAAAGAAGAAGAAGAGAACAACGCCCCCUGGUGGAAUGUGUUUGGCGAAAGUGUGCAAUGAUUCCGCCUACCUAGAUAAUAGUGGAUGUGACAGGAGGAAACGAGAGGAGUCAGGCAUCUCACGCUUGAGGAAUAACAUCAAAAAUGGUUGCUGGUAGUGCUGCUGUGGGAAUGCGGCAAGAAUCGUUGUGUGAUAACGUGUGAUUAUCAGUCCGGGAGAAAGGGGGAAGCGUAAUCGCAUGUGUGUGAUAGUGACGAAAGGGAAACGACCGUCGUGCCGUCGUUGGCUGUGGCUUAGUAGUUCAGUGUGAAUAAUCAGAAGAGAAAGAAGAAGAAGGAGGGGGAGUAUUGCCAGAAAAUAUCGGCUUCGAACUAACGAAAGUGCCGGAACAGAUAGGAUUUCAGAUACAGGCUACAAGAUGACGGUGGAUUUUAACGAUUACUUUUGGGGUGAGAAAAACAACGGCUACGAGGUGCUGUACCAGAAUAUGAAAUAUGGCCUCUCGGCGACCAAGGAACUGGCCGAGUACUUUCGCGAGCGCUCCAAUCUGGAGGAGUACAACUCGAAGCUGCUUACCAAGCUGGCCAACAAGGCCGGUUCCGGCGGGGGUGGUACGUUUUCACCUCUGUGGAUCAUCCUCAAAUCGACGACGGAACGGUUGUCGGAGCUGCAUGCUGCCAAGGUGCAAAAGCUGACCGAGCUGGUGAAGAACAUCAACAAGUACGCCGAGGAGCUGCACAAGAAGCACAAGACGGUCAAGGAGGAGGAAUCGAGCACCCAGGAUGCAGUGCAGGCAAUGAAAGAAUCGACGGCGGCGGUCGCAAAGGCAAAGGAUGUCUACAACACGCGCCAACAGGAGAUGGAGAAGGCCCGCAAGGACAACUCGGCGAAGGAAAUUGAAAAGUCCGAAGCCAAACUGCGCAAGCAGCAGGACGACUACAAGGCCCUGGUGGAGAAGCACAACAUCAUCAAGCAGGAGUUCGAAAAGAAGAUGACAAUAACUUGCAAGCGCUUUCAGGAUAUCGAGGAAGCGCACCUGAAACAGAUGAAGGAAUUCCUCACGUCCUACAUGGAAAUCGUGCAGAACAACUUUGACCUAGUUGGACAGGUCCACUCCGAUCUGAAGCGACAAUUCCUGGAACUGACCGUGGACAAGCUGCUGGAACAGUUCGUUCUCAACAAGUACACCGGACUGGAGAAGCCAGAGUUUAUAGAGCUUGAUUUGGUGAAGUUGGGCAGUCGUUCAUUAACAACAACGACUGCAGCUGCAGCGUCCACCAAUAGCCAGCCGCUUAUCAACACGUCGGUUCCGAAUGCCACCUCGGGAGGAUCGGUAACGACGCCGGGAGAAGGCUCGGUGAUGGAUUCACCGGCGCUGUCAACAGCCAGCUCGACGCAACCGGUUCCGAUCGCCAAGAAGGAAAGCAACCUGAGGAGUUGGUUCACGUCCAGUUCCAGUGCGGCCGUGCCGACCAAUUCGCCGGUGAAUCUUUCCACUUCGCCACCUACUUCGGGAGGCCGAAGCAGUCUGCUGGAUGCCCUCGGGGGUAGUACGGAUCGGCCAAUGUCGCCGGCUGCGGCGGGGGAUUCUUCCGCUUCCAGUUCAGCCCAAAGUACGGCUAAGACAAGUAAAUCCUUUUACGGAGACUUUCUAAACAAAACUAAUCACAACAAUCAGCAUCAUCAACUACAACAACAACCACCACAAAACAAGCAACAGCCGCAAAUGAAACAGGAACAAGAAUCGCAACAACAACAACAACAACAACAACAAAAAUCUUCCCGCCGCACUACCUCCCUUUUAAAUCUCUUCAUGUCUAACUCCCAGGGAAGUCGAGAGAGUCGCGAUUCGACGACCAGUGGCGGUGCCGAUUCGGUGUCCACCAGUACGGUCGGUGGCGGUACGGCCCUUUCCGCUCCCACCAGCCCCAACGAUGUCCAAAACAACAACAACAACAACAACAACAACAAUGGCGGCGGAAAUGCCAAUAACGGGCUGGCCAGUACCUUCAUUGGCAGGAAUGCGUUGCUCAGGGGAUCCAAGUUUUCCGGCUUCCUGCGGAGUCGACGGGAGAAGGCAAAGUCUAAAAAGACCAAGAAGAAGAAAGACUCCACCGAAAACUCCAGUGCCAAAGAUGAGAAGCUCUCCGAUGCCGAGGAUAAGGACGAUACAGUGAAAGCAGCAGAUGCGGCCAGUAGCAACCUGCAGACGACCUCCGCGGUCAGUACGGGUAAUGUGGCUCCGACGGCGACGACCGAAGUCGACGAGGACGGUUACAGCAUACAGCCACGUGAAACCACGUGGGACAGUGCGACCAUUACCGAGAAGAGUAAUAACUUCUACUCCAGCUCCGACAGCGAUAGCGACGACGAACGGGAGGAACGGAAGAUUCACGUGGAAAUCAAGCCGCUGAACAACGGAGUGGCGCCCAUAUCGGCCAGUGUGGACGAGUUGCGGGCAACGGUGGAGAAUUUAUCGCUUUCGCCGAUAGGGGCACUCUCGUCGCAGCAGCACCACCACCAUCAUCAUCAUCAUUCGUCCUCGGCCACGUCGGCCCAUCACCAUGCCGGUCCCGGUCAGCAUCUGAGCGGUGCCCAAUCGGCAGCCCUAUUGAACAAUAGUACCCAUCUUACUAGUCCCAAUGCGUCCAACGCAUCCACGCCCACGACAGUGCAUCCGUACGCUCCGCUGCAGAGUCCCACGCUGUCGAUGUCCACCACUUCAAACAACCGGUACGCGGACCUGGGUGACAUCUUCUCGGAGGUGGGUGACAUCAGUGCCUCGGCGCCAGCUUCGGCCAAUCUGACCAAGCUGACGCAACGACAGAUUCCUACGCCAACGACCGCCGGAGGAAGUAGCAUAGCGAUACCAAGGCCACCGUCUCGGCGGUCGGAAGCUGCAGUUCGAGGUCGGAUAAGCCCCGCUUCGCAGAUAGCCCGAGCUGAUAGCGUAGGUAGUUUGGAGUUCCGAAGUCCAAGCGUAGGAAUAGGAUCGUCACGGGGACCUUCGCCGCUGACGAUUGGCAUGUCGGAUACGAUACCGGUGGCCGUUGCCUUCCAUGAAAUUAUUCAUGCUUACUUCAGGGGUGCGGACGAGACCCGCUGUCAGGUGAAAAUGUCCGGCGAUAUGAUGUUGUCCUUCCCGGCGGGAAUAGUUAACGUUCUAGCGAAUAAUCCAAACCCGGCCAAGAUGGGUUUCCGUAUCAAAAACCUUCAGAAUCUCGACAACAUGCUGCCCAACAAGCAGCUGAUUACGAUUGACAAGCUUCAAUCGACGGCCAUUAGUACAACGUUGGAGUUCAACAUGCCAGUAUUAACGUCGAUCCUGCGGAGACAGUCGGAACAGAACCCCACGGCACCGUACUUCAACGUCGAUGUGCUGAAGUACCAGGUCAAGGCCAAACCGGGAGCCGCUUCGUGUCCAUUCCACCUGGUGUCCUACUGGAAGUGCGAACAGAGGCAUACGGACAUCAAAAUCGACUACAAGUACAACAGCCACGCAAUGGCAUCGGCGUCACCGUUGCUCAACGUCUCGCUAACGGUGCCGGUGGAUGGCGGUGUCAAAAACGUGCAAUCGAAACCACAUUCGGCUUGGCAAGGCGAAUCGAAUCGGUUGGUGUGGAACUUUACCGACAUAUCGCAACAUUCGGACGUCGAUACGCUGCGGGCGCGGUUGGAAGUCGGAUCGGGACCAUCGAAUCCGGCCAUCAUAUCCGCGCAGUUCAACUGCGAGGGCACGACGCUGUCCGGGAUUGAGUUCGAGCUGGUCGGAACGGGCUACCGCCUGUCGCUAGUCAAGCGGCGGUUCGUGUCUGGUAAAUACAUCUGCGAAGGAGACGGCAUCCGCGGCGUAAAAACACCGACACCCCCGAACGCCGGCAUUCUCUCGCCGAGUCCAUACAGUAACAAGUCCGCUGGUUCGGGCGGAUCCGGAUAACAAAAGCUCUACUUUUUCGACUAGAAACGGUCCGUUGACCGGCUGUGCGAUGAUGGAUGUGAUCGAAAGUGCGAAUAUAUGACAGGGCUAUUGGCACGCACCCUGUAGCUAUUACCUAACACACUAUAAGAUCAAGCUGUGCAUCACACAGAGACGAGACGAUUAGCGAAGAGUAUCGAAUCGAGGAAUGCCGUUGUUUACCAAUUGAUAGUGUUGUUUUAUUUUAGUUUACGUUCAUACACUUGACGUAACCGAACGAAAUGUUGCCUUUUCAAACAGUUUAUAGGACAGGAAUCUAGUACAUGUUUAUAUUAGGGUAGAUUCUAUAGCUAGCUGGGAAGCCAUCGUUGGACUGUAUCGAAUUUUGCUUCUGUAAAUACUCAAAUUCUAUACACGCAAGCAAACAGCCGCAAACAGAGGCUGCACGUUUCCUCUAUACUACUUUCCAUUUUUCAACUAACCAACAUUUCCAAGCUUACAUAUUCAAACCAUUCAAAUAAAUCUUAAAAUUAUGCAUGCGAUAACAUGAACAGACUGCAGGGCCACUGCACUGACUAGAAGAGAUCAUUAUUGUUACAGUUGCUGUAGGUUAGGGAACCGAAUAGUGGAACAUAUAUCACUCAAAAAGCUUUACCGUUGCUAGCCGGAAGUUAAUCUUAAUUAGCAGGAAAACCCGAACAAGUUAUAGUAUUACACUCCGAUUCUGUGGACACCGUCAGGUCCAUAGAUCCUAGCCUGGCAGUUCAGUUCAAUUUGAAGCAAUUUUGAUGUACAGCUUUCUUCAUAUAAAUAGAAAAUGAAAAAUAUAUAGAAAAAAAUAAAGAAAGCAGCACGAAGAUGAUGCCGAACUGAUGAUAGCAUGGUAAAAUUUAUAGGAAAAAAAAACGCGAUAAAUACGACGGCAGAGUAGAUAUACAAUGUAGGACGUAGGUGUACUUUGACUAACUACAGCAGCCGGUAGAAAUAUAUGUCAGACAUAUAUUACGCAAAAACUAAUGGACAAAAAAAAAAUCUCAUGAAAUACUAAUACAGGUUCAUUUUUACCAGCGCUAAUAACGGCCAUGAAUUGACUCACUUUUUCGUGAGAAUCACACGAGGUGAGUCAACUCAUAACCUUUGUCAGCUCUGGCAAAACUAUGAAUUUAGGCAAAACUACGAAGAGAAAACUCGGAAGAAAACUUAAUCCUAGGCGAUAAAUUUUAGCUAAAAGGAUCUAAUAGAAGAGAAAUAUGGAUGAACAAAAAAAAAUACAAUUAGAUGUAACUCUGAGACUAAUGAAAAUAAAACGAAAAAAUAUA